CGCACGGACCCUUUCCACUCGUCGUCGAUGUCGAGCUCACUAUCUUCCGUCGUUUCGGACCUAGUUCGCGCAUCGAUGGGGACGUCUGUCUCACCUAGCGUUACAGAUGAGGACCUAGAUCGUCAUGUCAGGGAAUUACUCAUUAAAGACGCCAAGAAGCGUGCAGAAAAGUACGGACAACAAGGAAUAAGAGCUUACCUCGCUAGUGGACUAUCAGAAAGCAAUGCGCCCAAAGCAAACAAACGAUUUCUAUCCUCUAUCAUACGAAGUACGGAUGACCAUAAUAAGACCAUCUUGAGGGCUCAAGCCCUCGCCGCGGAGGAUGUCAAGCGGGAGAGACGUGAAACUGAGAGAAGAGAAAAGAAAGCUCGAGCAGUGGAGGCCGUGGAAGCGGAGAAAUUGAGAAAACGCCGAAGCCGUCAUGAUGAGUCGAAAGGUUGGGAUAGAUGGGAUGGGAGGACAGCUGACAGAAAGCGAAAACACCGUGAUUGGGAGACGUGGAAUGGAGAUGAUGGCGAGGAUGAGGAUACGGAUAGGAACAGGGACAGGGACAAGGAUAGGCACUCUCAUCGCUCAAGCCGAAGGCGUCGCCGCUCGAGGUCUCGAGAUAGACACAGUCACAGACAUUCUUCUAGACGUUCAAGAAGUCGCGAGAGAUAUUCCGGUUCCUCCAGAAGGCACAGUAAACGCCGCCGGAGUAGGUCAAUGGAAGGUUCGCAGGAGAGAGAACGCGACGGCCCAGACUAUAGGCGGUCCGAUUCUAGAAGAUCUCCGAAUUGUGCUGAAGAGAGUCCAAGUAGACGCACAAGUCGUAGAAAUCGGUCUCGAAGUCGGAAUUCUAGCAGAGCACCGGACAAGAAACGACCAAGAGAUGAGGAUGACCCCCCUAGGUCCACUAACUCAAAACAGAAAAAGAAGAAAUACGCCCUCUCCUCCGACUCCGAACACGAGAAAGAUUACGAUGACCAGCCUAGAAGACGAAGACGGUCACGAUCAUCGACAUCUUUAUCCCAAGAGAAUGACAGCCGCUCGGAAAGGCGUUCAACUCAACCUCAUACAUCCUCGGCCACCACUCCCAAUCCUUCUACGGAACGAGAAGCCGAGUUGUCAAAGUUGGUCCGGUCCAAACGAACAAAGGAAAGCGAAAAGGAAUUCGUAGUUGGGUCAUCCAAAGAUCGGAUUUCCAAACCUCGGAUGACCCGUUCCGCAUCUCCAGAUACCAAAGUCAACAACGAACGGCAAUCAUCUCAAACACUCUCGGAUGACGAUCGCAUGUCGAUGUCGUCUUCUCCGAAUCCAGGUCCCGAUCCUGCUCCAAAUUUACCCUCGAAGAUGGACAGGUAUUUCGAUGAAUCGUAUGAUCCUCGGCUGGAUAUCACAUCCCUAUCAGUACCUCAAGUGCCCGCAACAGGUUUGAUUAACAACGCCGAGUUUGAAGGGUGGGACGCGAUGCUCGAACUACUGCGAGUUCGCCGAGAAGACAAGGCUGAGAAAAAACGCCUGGAGCGCAUGGGGUUGAGUAAAGACGAAGUUAAGAGGUCACUGUAUGGAACAACAACUGCCACCGCUGGUGAGAGCAUCAGUAGCAGUGGCGUACGAGAUAGAUGGAACGCCGAAGGAACUAGUGUGAUGGAUAUACAAUACAGCAAGCGUGGUACCGUUAGGGAGUGGGACAUGGGAAAGGCGGAUUUCUAGACCUGAGCGAUGAUCUACUCCACUCGAUUUUUCUUUACGUUUUUGGAUACAUAUAAUCUCGUCCUUCCAUUACUUUCCUGUCGUCAAACGUCACAUUUUGUACAAUAUCAGUGUGCAUAGAUUGUAACUCCAAAUCAUCAGGUUGAUCAUUUAGUUUCCGUUCACAGCCUUCCAAACAACUAGGGACUCCUCAGCCGUCAGUUGAUCAACUAUAUUUGAGAACUGGUUCGUAUUUCUGGUGGCGCAUUCUCGGAAGAAGGACAGGAGAU